CCCAGAAACCCUAACACACAGUUACAGACAAAGAGAGAGAGAGAGAGAAAAAAAGAGAAAAAAUGGGAGGAAAGUGCCCCCACAGAAAUGUCAAGAAGAGACGCUACUCUCACAAAACUCAUCGUCGCGACAAAUUCCUCGUCAAAGAUAUCGAUAUGGUUUAUGAUCAGCUGAAGAAGCCUGAUGAGGAAAAGAAGCCUUUGCCUGUUGAUGAAGACUUGCCUGGAAUGGGCCAGUAUUAUUGCUUGCACUGCGACCGAUACUUUGCGAACGUGUCGGUGAGGGAUGAGCAUUUCAAGACGAAACGUCACAAGAAGCGUGUUAAGCAGAUGAUGGGGCCUGCACCUCAUACUCAACUUGAUGCUGACAUAGCUUCUGGGAUGGGUAUGCCAGAUAAUGGUCCAAAGCUAAUGUCGAUGUGAGAUUUCUAUUUUUCAUAAUGUUGUUAGGUAAUGAGGGGGCUGAGUAUGAUGGGUUGAAGAUAUUCGUUGUAAAAGUGUCCUUUUUUCUUAAAGUUGCAAGCACUUACGAGAAUGUAAUGAUAAAUCAAUUUUCCUGUCAA